UCCUCAGACCGGAAGUUGGAGGGAGGAGCUUCCUUCUGGGCGCAUUAGGGCGCCGGAAGUUGUGUGCUGGUGGUCGUCGGGGGGGUUGUUUUCUCUUCCUUAGUUCGCCGUGGCUGUGCUUUCCGGUGAGAGACUGCGGCGGCGGGUUCCUGGUCCACGCCGCUCCUGAGGCUGCCAGGAUGUCCGCGAUUCCUGCAGAGGAGAGCGACCAGCUGCUGAUCCGACCCCUUGGUGCAGGCCAAGAAGUGGGAAGAUCAUGCAUUAUUCUGGAGUUCAAAGGAAGAAAAAUCAUGCUGGACUGUGGGAUCCAUCCUGGCCUGGAAGGAAUGGAUGCUCUCCCUUACAUUGACCUCAUCGACCCGGCUGAGAUCGACCUCCUGUUGAUCAGUCAUUUCCAUUUGGAUCACUGUGGGGCUCUGCCCUGGUUCCUCCAGAAAACCAGCUUCAAAGGACGGACGUUUAUGACUCACGCCACAAAGGCUAUUUACAGAUGGCUUCUCUCGGACUAUGUCAAAGUCAGCAACAUAUCGGCAGAUGACAUGCUGUACACUGAGACAGACUUGGAAGAAAGCAUGGACAAAAUCGAAACCAUCAACUUCCAUGAAGUUAAGGAGGUGGCGGGAAUCAAGUUCUGGUGUUACCAUGCCGGCCACGUCCUGGGAGCGGCCAUGUUUAUGAUUGAGAUUGCGGGAGUGAAGCUGUUGUAUACAGGUGAUUUCUCAAGACAAGAAGAUAGACAUCUAAUGGCUGCUGAAAUUCCUAAUAUUAAGCCAGACAUCCUUAUCAUUGAAUCUACCUAUGGGACCCAUAUCCAUGAGAAACGUGAGGAGCGAGAAGCAAGGUUCUGCAACACCGUGCACGACAUUGUCAACAGAGGGGGCCGGGGGCUCAUCCCUGUCUUCGCUCUCGGACGAGCUCAGGAGCUGCUGCUGAUUCUAGAUGAGUACUGGCAGAACCACCCAGAACUGCACGACAUUCCCAUUUACUACGCCUCGUCUCUGGCCAAGAAGUGCAUGGCAGUGUACCAGACCUACGUGAACGCCAUGAACGACAAGAUCCGGAAGCAGAUCAACAUCAACAACCCCUUUGUUUUCAAGCACAUCAGCAACCUCAAGAGCAUGGAUCACUUUGACGACAUCGGUCCCAGUGUCGUAAUGGCCUCGCCAGGCAUGAUUCAAAACGGCUUGUCCAGAGAGCUGUUUGAAAGCUGGUGCACGGAUAAGAGGAAUGGCGUCAUCAUCGCGGGGUACUGCGUAGAAGGGACACUUGCCAAGCACAUCAUGUCCGAACCCGAAGAAAUCACCACCAUGUCUGGACAGAAGUUGCCACUGAAAAUGUCGGUUGAUUACAUUUCUUUCUCUGCUCACACAGAUUACCAGCAAACCAGUGAAUUUAUCCGUGCUCUGAAGCCGCCUCAUGUGAUUUUAGUCCAUGGGGAACAGAACGAAAUGGCCAGGCUGAAAGCAGCGCUGAUCCGAGAAUAUGAAGAUAAUGAUGAGGUUCACAUCGAGGUUCACAAUCCUCGGAACACAGAGGCUGUGACCCUGAACUUCAGGGGAGAGAAGCUCGCCAAGGUCAUGGGCUUUUUGGCAGACAAGAAACCAGAACAGGGCCAGCGGGUCUCUGGAAUUCUUGUUAAAAGAAACUUUAAUUACCACAUACUGUCGCCCUGUGACCUCUCCAACUACACCGACCUGGCCAUGAGCACUGUAAAGCAGACCCAAGCCAUCCCAUACACCGGGCCCUUCAGUCUGCUGUAUCACCAGCUGCAGAGGUUGACAGGUGAUGUAGAAGAGUUAGAAAUUCAAGAAAAACCUGCUCUGAAGGUGUUCAAAAAUAUCACUGUCGUACAGGAGCCCGGCAUGGUGGUUCUAGAGUGGCUGGCGAACCCCUCUAACGACAUGUAUGCGGACACAGUGACCACCGUGAUCCUGGAAGUCCAGUCGAAUCCCAAAAUCAGGAAAGGUGCCGUCCAGAAGUUCUCUAAGAAGUUAGAGAUGCACGUUUACAGCAAGAGGCUGGAGGUCAUGCUCCAGGACAUAUUUGGAGAAGACUGUGUCAGCGUGAAAGAUGACUCCGUCCUCAGUGUCACAGUGGACGGGAAAACGGCGAAUAUUAGUUUGGAGACGCGGACGGUGGAGUGUGAGGAAGGUAGUGAGGAGGAUGAGUCCCUCCGAGAAAUGGUGGAGCUUGCCGCGCAGAGGCUCUACGAGGCCCUGACGCCCGUGCACUGACACCCUCGUUCCCAGCACAGGAACUUUUUCACCCUCGCGGCUUUACGGCCGCCACUUCAAAUAAAAUACCUUAGUUUCUC